AAAGAAAAGAAAAGAAAAGAAAAGGGGAAAAAAACAAAAUGCCCUCCAUAAAAAUCCUCAACUCAAACACAAACACCACAACCACCGACUCCGCCUCCUUCUCCACCUCCAUCUCAACCUCCACCCUCCCCUCAAAAGAAACAACCACUCACUCCCUCACCCGCCGCACAACUCUCACGCACCUCUCCCGCUGGGUCUCCCGGAAGAUGUCCCGCCAGAAACUAGGCCCGCACCAGAAUCCAGAGGAGGUGUCGCCGGAGCAGGAACUCGAGUAUUCGGAUGCGUAUGCGGCGUACCUGCGGGCGUUUAGUGAAGGGAGGGCUGGUCCGGGUCCUGGCCCUAGUCCUGGGACGGAAGUAGGGGAAGAAGUAGAGGGAGAGGGAGAGGCCCGGGGGGGUUAUCCUGGGCAUGGGAAUGGGAAUGAGGACCUGGAUCGGAAUGUUUUUGCUGGGUUUGAUGCUGCUUCCCCCUCUGUUCCUAAUGGGGAUUACUUUUCCGGGCCGCAAGCGGGGAAAGGGGAGAAGGAAGAAGGCAAUGGCAAUCGGGAUGGGAAGUAUUCGUUUCUACGACAUGUACGGUCCCGGCAGAGUGUUCGUGAUCGACGACGGUUGGGAAGCUCGGAUGAUGUGCCUGCCGAUCAGUUGUUGGAUUUUCGGCCCAUUGGGUUCUAUGGGUUUAGUCCUUUGGCCGAGGGGGAGGAGCCCGUGUCGCCGCCGCCGGGCGUCAGGACGCCAGCUAUGGUUGCUCAGGAGAAUCGUGUCGAGAGGGAGAAGAGUCAGGAGCAGAAUCGGCAGCAGAAGAGCGGGCGCUCAUCGCAGAAAGGGUUCUGGGCGCCGUUGCGAGCACUAUGGCUACAUCUGCGUCGGGCUCAAUGAGAGCGUGUCGCGGAUAGCUUUUUUUUUUUUUUUCUCCUUGUUUU